AAGCACAAAGAGCAACAAAUCUGAGCGUGUUCAUCCAGGGCAAUACCGCGUUCGUUGAUUGGUCAAUAGAAGGCGACCCCGAUAACGUGACUGGGUUUGAAUUAUUCUACGAGCUCGUAGAAUCAAGUGGUACUGCGAUAUUCACGUAUGGGAUAAGCCGUCUCCAGAGAACCUUUCGAAUCAUUGGCCUUUUACCUUUCAACAAAUACCGUAUAUACAUGGUGACGAUAACGGAUCUGGGUAGAAGGAACCAAAGCGAGGUGGUGGAGUUCACCACAAACAAUGUCACAGGGAUACAGUUUGUUGAGAGCACAGCCAGGGGAAUACAGUUGGAGGAAGCCAUUGUUCUAUUUAUAGUAGUGUGUCUCUGGGCAUGCGCAAUGGUGUUAUUUGUGAAGCAGUGGGAUAAUAUUCGGAUAUUAGAACCACAGGAACCUCGCUUCAAGCACAGUCCAAAAAAUCUGCACACAAUAAGAAUAGUUAAGAAACCUCAAGAUAGUAUUAUUUACAAAAACUACAGCCGUAAAAUGUCAUUGACAAUGGUGGAACGCGAGAAAAAACUUCUUCGAAUGAAUACGGUGCCUAUAAUGGAGAGCGUGUCCUCGCUUAAAGCUUUGACAUCAAAAUACAGGAGUAACUUGCCAACAAUUGAAAUGGAAGAGACGUCUUAUAAACCCCCAAUUGAACCUAUUGAAGAAGUAACAGUGAUUAACGAAAACUCCAUAGCUUGAUUGACCAGAAGCUAAUCAUGGUCGCUUAAACUGCAUUUUUGCUAAGAAGAAGCUUCCUUUGAAUGAAACAUACAAUACAAAGGAAAGGGACGUCUCUGAUAAGCCUUGCGGACUGCAUUGGCUUAUGUCGGAGAAACUUUACGCAUAUCCAUAAAACCCAGUUGUCCCAGAGAAUAUAGAAAUAAUCCGACAACCAUUGAAAUGGAAGAGAUGCCUCAUAAACCGUGUUCCACAAUCGUGUCGUAUUGAAGAAUUCACGGUAAUUAACGAAAACUCAACAUAUUAGAAGUGUUCUCCUUACAA